GAACGAAUUAUCUGAAAAAAUUUACGAAUUUUAUAUAAAAGAAAAUAAUAUUUACAAAUUAAUAAAUUAAAUUUAUUUAAAAUAUAAACAAAACAAUGCAAUUGUUAUUAACUAAUUGUGGUAGGGGCAAACAAAUAAAGCCACUGCUCCAACUAUUGGCAACUAGAGCGUUCAGUGCUUCGCCGAUGGUAACUGCACCAACAACUUCAACAGAGCACUAUGAUAUAAUUAUAGGAGGUGGAGGAUUAGUUGGCACAACAUUGGCUGCAGCUUUGGCCACAAAUAAAACGUUGGCCGAUAAAAAGGUAUUGCUAUUAGAAGGAGCCCCUCCCUUUAAAGGUUUUAACGUCAGCCAACCAUAUGGAAACCGUGUGUCAGCUAUUAACAAGAACAGUAUUGCUUUGUUUGAAUCCAUAGGUGCUUGGGAACGUAUGCUCAAUGCUAGAGUAAAGCCUGUCAAACAAAUGCAAGUAUGGGAAUCUAAUAGUGAUGCCUUAAUACAAUUUCAACAUGAUCACUUUGCCCAAGAUGUUGCUUGUAUAGUGGAAAAUGAUUUAAUGUUGGAUGCUGUAUACUCGCAAUUAAAGGAUUCAGCGCCCAAUGUAUUAGUGCGCAAUUUGGCUCGCAUUUCCGAUGUUAAGCUGCCCUCAGACACUGGCAAAGGUGUUUCGGAAGUAACCUUGCAAAGUGGAGAGAAAUUUACAUGUGAAUUAAUAAUAGGAGCUGAUGGUGCCAAUUCUUUAGUGCGUAAGCAAAUGGGAGUUGAUGUAUUCUCAUUAAAUUAUGACCGCAUGGGCUUGGUGGCUACUUUGGAGUUAAGCGAAGCGGCAGACAACUCAGUAGCCUGGCAACGUUUUAUACCGACCGGCCCGGUAGCUUUAUUGCCUUUAACAGACAAACUUAGUUCCCUGGUAUGGAGCACAACAAUUCCUCAUGCUAAAGAGUUACUUAACAUGUCAUCACAAGAAUUUAUUGAUGCCUUAAAUGUAGCUUUCUGCAAGGAAUAUCCCAAAAGUGAUAUAGCCGACAAAGCUCUAAGUACUUUAAAUUCAAUAAUGGGACGCAAUUUAUCAUCAACUAGACAAUAUCCACCUCGAGUAAGUGGUGUUUUCGAAAAGUCCAGAGCCACUUUCCCUCUGGGUUUCUUACACGCCUCUUCAUACAUUUGCACUGGAGCUGCUCUUAUUGGUGAUGCCGCCCAUCGUGUACAUCCUUUGGCUGGACAAGGUGUUAAUUUGGGUUUUAGUGAUGUGGGUUAUUUAAUUGAAACAUUGGCUGAGGCAGCAUAUGCCGGUGCAAAGUUGGGCGAUAAGCAAUACUUGAUGAAAUACGAACAGAAAUGUUUAAAGAAAAAUGUACCCAUACUAGUGGGUGUUCAUGGUUUGCAUACACUUUAUUCGACUACCCUAACACCGGUCGUGCUGUUACGUAGUUUGGGUUUGCAAUUAACCCAAAAUAUACCACAAAUUAAAGAUAUUUUCAUGAAGAGAGCCAUGGGUUAAGAGAGGGAAGCAGUAGCGGUAAAAGUUUUUUCUAACGCAACUUCGAUUUAAUUGGUAAUAGUUAUUAAUAUUGUUUUGUAAUUUAAUAUUUUUGUUUUAUAAAAAUAAAAUGAUUAAAAAAUUCAAA